UAGACUGGGUUUCUGUACAGCGCUUUGUGACAUCAGCUGAUGUAAAAAGGGCAUUAUAAAUACAUUUGAUGUGGUUUCUGGUUUGGUACUAUCUACCGUGUGGUUUCUGGUUUGGUACCAUCUACAGGGUGUUUUUUCGUCCUCUGGUGGCUGUUUCUGUAAGAAUAAGACGUGGUCUCUAUUGGAGGUUCGAUUGAAUACUAUUUACUGGCUAAAACUUAGUCAACAGUAUAGCUGUAUUUGUUUAUAAUUCAUUAUAUCAUAAAUAAUCUGCAAUUCAAACUGAGUGAUGUGACUCGAGAACAUUUCGAGACUUCUUAGGUCACAUGAGUGGAAACAGAGGCUAAUGUUAUCAGAUGUUGUUCGAGCCAGAAGCUGCUAGGCUAGCUAACUGCUAUUGAAGACCAUCAUAGGGGGACAGCUACAACAACAAAGAAGAAGCUAUAAACUAUCACAGUCGUUGUAUGUGUUCUUCAAUACUUGGCAACGCUUGUUGAAUGUUGACCACGGUUAAGAUAAUGACCGACACGAAUCAUAGACACAUGUGACCAAGCACCUAAUGUCUAUAGCACAUGAUCCUGGCCAACUGGAGGCUUCAAUAAUUCACGGGUGAAACAAAACAGAUUUGAAAAACCUGAAGGUUAUUGUGCAACAGUUGUCAGUUACACAUUACAUCCUGUCCCCUAGGUCCUAUUUUCCAGUGGAAGAGACCACAUUUUGUUAAGAGCCAUGGCCAACAAGUCAUCCCUGCUGAAAGUCAUCCUGCUGGGAGACGGAGGAGUGGGGAAGAGCUCCCUCAUGAACCGCUACGUCACCAACAAGUUUGACACACACCUCUUCCACACCAUCGGAGUGGAGUUCCUCAACAAGGACCUGGAGGUGGACGGUCGUCUGGUCACCAUGCAGAUCUGGGACACGGCCGGACAGGAGCGUUUCCGCAGCCUCCGGACUCCCUUCUACCGCGGGUCCGACUGCUGCCUGCUCACCUUCAGCGUGGAUGACAACCAGAGCUUCCACAACCUGACCAACUGGAAGAAGGAGUUCAUCUACUACGCCGAUGUCAAGGAGCCUGAGAAGUUCCCCUUCGUGGUGCUGGGGAACAAGGUGGAUGUGUCGGAACGGCAAGUUUCUGCUGAAGAUGCCCAACAGUGGUGUCGGGAAAAUGGCAAUCACCCUUACUAUGAGACCAGUGCCAAGGAUUCCACCAACGUAACCAUAGCCUUUGAGGAGUCAGUGCGGAGAGUGCUGGCCAUGGAGGAGAGGGCAGACCACCUCAUCCCCACGGACACAGUCAACCUCCACAGAAAGCCCCGCUCCAGCACUUCCUGCUGUUGACAGCGUGUAGGGCUUACCCAGUGCUUGACUUGGACUGAAUGAGGUGCCCGUAUUCAUUUUGGGUGCCGGUACUGUUUAUCUUUAGGUGCAGGAGCUCCACAAUACUUUUGAACUAAUAUUCUAUAAGAGGAACAGGAGCCCAAGCAGUAGAACAUUUUGAGGUGCCAGUACUCUUGCCCAAGUCAAGCACUGGGGCUACAACCUAUAAAGAACUGGAGCUAGGAGGACACACAGGCGUAUUUAUCAACAUUCAUGCUCACAAGUACAGUAAGCAAAGCACAGGCUAGUGUCCGUGGAUGAUAAUCCAAUGGGUUUGUUGGUCUUGGGACUCAUUAAAUGUAAAGCGGAUACUUGAAGAAGAGUAUUUUUUUUGUCAGAUUCCACCAAGAAAUGCAUUAUAAUUUAAAUCUGUGCAAUCUUUGAAUUUUAUAUAUAUUGUCUUAAAAUAUCACAUUAUAUUAUGCCAUCAAUGUGGUUGCCAGAAAUACAUUCACAAAGCAUUGCUUCCUGUUCAUAUUACACAGCCAGAAAGAAGUUCCUUUUUUUGGUAGAAAGGUUUAUUUACACUGUGACUGAAACCAAGGUUGAGAUGAGCGGCCUUACCAGUGUAUCAUCGUUUCCAUUCCAAACAUAUUGCAGACCGUAUGUAAAUAUAAUCCCACCCAAAUGUGAUACAGUAGAAGCAAGUCACUUUUAAUCAUCAAUUGAGUUAAAUGGGAUUAGGUAAAAAAAAAAAUGUUUAAAAAAAUCCAAACAUAAUAUAUUAAUUUAUUACAACAAAUGUUGAUACAAAGCAGAGUAAUUUAUGCAGUCUUAAUUUGAAAAAAUUAAAGCACUAAUCUAGCAUCACUACUUUAUUGUACAGAGAGUGGGAAAUCUAAGCAGAAAUGAAGGUUUAUGACACUAUAAUAUUAUUGGUGCUGGUAGCUGAAUUUGCUGGCCUUGCGAUAUCUGCACAACGUUACGUAAUGAAUGAGUUAUCAUUAUGCAAUGGACACAAUGUUCAACACUUGCACAGGACGAGCUGAAAUUCUAAAUAUGAAAAGAAUAAAGCAGAGUGCUUAUGCUGCAUGACAUUCUGCUCUCUACCAAUAAGGUAGAUAAGGUUGUUCUUACCAUUCCAGAAUCUCAGUGUUCUGAUAACUUGGCUAAUUGUAAAUAACAGAUGGGUGAUACAUUAUGAACUUGGUCAUGGUGGUGGAUAUGCUAAACCAUGUUUAAUGUAUGUAACUGUCCAUGUUUUUGUUUCUGCGGGCAUCUUAAUUCAUCUAAUAUGCAUUUUCUUUACAUUUAUGGAGAUCAAUUUCAUUUUCUUACACACUAGUAUAGUUUUAAUAGUAACAUUUGAUUUCAACAAUCAUUGCUUAUUGAUUUUACAGUAAUGUACAUCCUCACAAAAUAGAGUGUUGAGAACAGUUUUCUUUGCUCAGUUUUUCUAUAAUUUUGCUACAGCAGUGUUGUCCAGAAUGACCGGAACGCAAGUUGAAUGAAAAAUGCUAUUUGAAUAAAAACAGUCCUUGAAUGAA